GAUCCCCAGCUGCAGCUGCGGCCACAAGCGAAGAUGAAUGUUAAUGCUGCAUCUUUCAUUCCGCAGAGCGGAGGGAGUGACAAGCCCUCAGGAAACUCCCGAUCAGGCUUGUCUUCCCUCUCUAAUGAGGGUAAAAGGCCAUAUCAGCGGGCACCUCCACCUGUGAACCAUUCUAGGGCCUUUCCUGCAGAACAGCAGCAACGCUCUCUUCCUGGUCGAGGCAAAAAUCAACGCCAGAGCAGCUCCAAGAGGACUGGUCAUGAUCGUGAGCAGGGUCGUUCAACGAAUAGUACUGUCAUACGGUCAUCUUCCUCUUCUUCUGCUACUUCCUCUUCAACCUUGACCUCGACUGCAGAUUCUCUAGCAAUGUCCAUGGGUCAAUUGAGUACAAACGACAAAGGAGCACGCGGCAACAACAAGAAAAACCAGGUGUCGCUCAAUCACCUCCUCAACUUUUCUUUUCCCGUUCGGGAGGAACCUCAAAAUACUGGCCCUGUGCGUAGACGUCGGAAUGCCAAUUACCAACCAUUCAACAAGGAUAAGUUCAUUAAUGCCAACUUCAGAUUUCUUUUGAGCCCUCGUCAUGAUUAUGAGGUUUUUACUAUGGAUGCAGAUGCACCAGUGGAAUGGGAAGAUAUUGAGCAGGUGCUGAUUUCGGUACCGCAGUCAUGUCCCAUCUGUUUGCAACCUCCUGUCGCUGGUCGAAUUACCAAAUGUGGCCAUGUGUACUGUUUCUCUUGCAUCCUUCAUUAUUUGGCCCUGAGUGAAACAAGUAGAGCUUGGCGAAAGUGUCCCAUUUGUUGGGAUGCCAUUUAUGAGAAGGAUCUUAAGAGUGUUCGCACAGUGCAAGAAGAGCAUGACAUAUUUGAUCAGGGUGAAAAAGAAAUUGCUAAGCAAAUCGCAUCUAAACAAGAGGUUCAUCUUGAAAUGAGGCUCAUGCAGCGGUCACUUAACUCCACUGUGGCUCUUCCUCGCUCAAAUACAUUCCCCUUGGGUUCAAACGUUCUACCGGAUGAUCUAAAAGGUCAACCACCUUUGGAAUUCUAUCCAGAUGCUAUGAUCUUCAGUCGCCUAAUGGUCACAACACUCAACAGAAUCGUAUCAGAGUUGGAUCGGGAUACCCGAUCGAUUGAGUUCAGCAUUGAGGAGGCCAAAAGCUAUGACUCGAAUGCUCACUCUGAAGAAAUGGUAUUUUUCGAAAUGGCUCUGAACAAGAUUCAAGAAGCGAAAAAUAAGAUCCAAAGUGAAGCAAAGUUUUUCCCAAAAGCUUCUCUUGACCGCGAACAAAUUUUGCGCAGUCAUUUGGAUCAAACUAAAGAAAUCCCUGCAGCGAUAGAAGAGGAAGCAUCAACAACAACACCACGCAUCAUUACUUAUGAGCAGUCAGGACCUGAGGCUUACGAGAUAGCUAGACAAAAGGAUCUCCCAUUACUAGUCCAUGAAUCUUCUGAAGCUGAAGCUGAAGCAAACUCUGACUCUGCUGAAGCUGAAGUGGAUGCGGAUACUGCACCUGCUUCAAAUAGGACCGCUAGUGCUCCACAAAGACGGAAACAAACAACGAACCAAGCUACAACGAUGUUUUAUUUUUAUCAAGCAGCAAACGGUCACCAUCUCUAUCUUCAACCACUAGAUAUUCGCAUACUAAAACAGCAUUUUGAAACGUACGAACGAUUUCCAGAUACAAUCUCAGUGAGGGUGCUGGGUAUUGAAGAAACUAGUCUAACAGAAGAAGUGCGGAAAAAAUGUAAAUACCUUGGCCAUCUUCCGCUUGGCUGUGAGGUUUCUUUCUUGGAUGUUGCGCUGGAGACUAUCGUCGGAGAUGAAGGCGUGAGACCAUUUGAGACAGAACUUAAGCUCCGGAGAAGCAAACGUCUGGAAAAGGAGGCAAGAGAGGAACGUGAGCGUAUCGCACGAGAACACAAGUUAAAUCCCCAUAGAUCUCGUAGAGAUGAUUAUUUUAUCAAUGACCCAUUUUUUCAUCAACCGGCCUCUACUACCACAAGUCAGUCAUCGAGCAACAUCACCACAGCAGAAUCAGAAAGAGAAGUAAGAUCAGGAUCUAUUUCGGACGCGGACCUACAGGAAGCGCUACGACUUUCUGCUCAAACAGAGUUGGAUGAUAUGCCUACUCUGAAUGAGGCGCAUGCGAAAUCAACUCGUCGACCUUCUGUACCGAGUUUAAGUUCGAGUACUAGAAAUGAUACUGGUGCUGGGUCAAUAGCAACAUCUUCCGAGCCUUGGGCAAGUAGCUAUGAGUCCAAUGGGAGCGGUGGCCAUGUGGGAUCACAAACAGUGUGGGGUACUCCAUCAGUGCCUGUAAGUCGGCAUUAUGAUGACUAUGAUGACUAUUAUGAAGAGGAGCACGAUUUUGAGCCGGACAUCGUUGUAAAGCGUGGCAAAAAGAAGGUGACCGUGCUGAUGUCUAAUAACAGUAGGCGCACUCGAUAAUUCCAUAGCAGAUGCAUGUCAAUAAAUAAUCAUUAUGACUGAGACAUGCCCAAUGCGCUGCUCCAAGUCACGAUCAC